UCCCUCCUUCCCGUGUUUUUAUUGGAACUUUCUGCUACGGCGCGUCGUCUUUCGGCGUCAACACUCACGAUAAACGUUUCUUGUUUGCUUUCGGGACGCUUUUUUUAAACCAUCUCCUGUGGAUGUCUGUCCGGUGUCUUUAGGUUAAGCUAUGUGGCUUCUUCUGGCUGGGUUAGUGCUGCUGGUGUGUGCUGCAGAUGCUACACCGGUUGGUGGCAGAACAGUUCCUGAUUUUGGAAAGCUAUAUCAUGUUAAAGGUCUGCUUUCUUUGCCUUAUGCCGAGAUAAAGGAGCCAUUUGAAGCUUGGUAUGACCUCAAGGGCAACAGAAGUCGAGUCGACUUUUAUCACGGUACAGUCAGCACUUUUUUUAUUGGAAAUGACUUGGAUUAUGGUGCCACUUACAAGAUCACUCCAGUCACCACUGAGACUGAAUUCAAUACUAUGAAGUGUUUCCAGCUUAAUGGUACCAAGCAGGAUCCGAUACUUCCACAGUCAGCAUUGCCUGAUCUGCAGGGCUUUGAAUUCGAAAAGAUGGAGUAUUACGCAGGCGUCCUGUGUGAGGUCUGGAAAAAUAUCACUCAGGUUGGCCAUAAGAAGAACACGUAUCGUCUGUGGGUCACACGUCCAGAGGGAAGGGAUUCCCCAGCCACCCCACACCACUAUGAGAUGAUGGGCUUCAACACCCUGCUGGGGUCCCACUAUGAUAAAUAUCUUAUCGACUACAGUGACUUCAGCCCUCAGAUUGAUUCAGACAUUUUCAAACUGCCUGAAGGGAUGGCCUGUGGUGACUUUCCUGGUCCUGGUCUGGAGCAUCAUUUAUUGGCCAACCCCAUCCAAGACCUUGUCCAUACCUCCCCCGUUGGUCACGCUCACCGUAUGUUCGGCCACUUUAAGGAGAAGUAUGAGCGUCAAUAUGAAAAUGAAAAAGAGCAUGAGGAGCGUGAACACAACUUUGUUCAUAAUAUUCGGUAUGUGCACUCUAUGAAUAGAGCGCGUCUUUCUUUUUCCCUCUCUAUCAAUCACCUGGCUGAUCGGUCACAGGAAGAGCUGGCCAUGAUGAGAGGACGUAAAAGGACUCAUGUUCACAGAAAGGCUCAGCCUUUUCCCUCUGAAAUCCGCUCUAUAGCCACCCCUGACUCCAUAGACUGGAGGCUGUAUGGUGCUGUGACACCAGUGAAAGACCAGGCUGUGUGUGGAUCCUGCUGGAGCUUUGCCACGACUGGAACAGUAGAGGGAGCACUUUUCCUGAAGACGGGACAGCUGACGUCAUUGUCCCAGCAGAUGCUGGUCGACUGUACGUGGGGAUUUGGGAAUAAUGGUUGUGAUGGAGGAGAGGAAUGGAGAGCUUUUGAGUGGAUGAUGAAACAUGGUGGCAUUUCUACCGCUGAGAGCUAUGGAGGGUAUAUGGGCAUGAAUGGUUUGUGUCAUUAUGAUAAGUCCUCCAUGGUGGCGAAGUUGAGUGGUUACACUAAUGUGACCAGCGGUGAUAUUGAGGCACUGAAGGCCACUAUCUUCAAAUUCGGCCCUGCAGCUGUCAGCAUUGAUGCUGCUCAUCGUUCCUUUGCCUUCUACAGCAAUGGAGUGUAUUACGAACCAGCAUGCAAAAAUGGGACUGAUGACUUGGACCAUGCUGUGCUUGCAGUUGGUUAUGGGAUCAUAAAUAAUAAUCCCUAUUGGCUAGUGAAGAACUCCUGGUCCACUUACUGGGGUAAUGAUGGUUACAUACUGAUGUCCAUGAAAGACAACAACUGUGGUGUGGCCACUGAUGCUACUUACGUGACAUUAGUCUAAUAUACUCACAUCCUUCAAAGAAAUAACAGCCAACAAGUUGACAGAAGAAUUGUUUUCACUGAUUUUAUUGCAGAUGCUGGACAGUUGAUCACAGUUUUAUUGUGUAUCAGUUGGAAUGUCAAUAAAAGAAAAAGUCUUAAUAACAAAA